UGUGCAAAAAUUCAAUUUGUCAACAGUGUAGCCACGUUGUGUGAUUCACGUACUCGAUUGAGAAGAAUUGUGUUUUAAUUCUAUUGCAAUUCUUGAUUUCAUCAUCUAAAUAAAAUGGUCUUGGAUUUGGAUCUCUUCCGUAGCGACAAGGGUGGAAAUCCCGAUGCUGUACGCAAAAAUCAGGAACUACGCUUUAAGGAUGUGGGCCUGGUGGAGACCGUCAUCAGCCAAGACACAGAGUGGCGUCAAAGACGUCACCGUGCCGACAACCUGAACAAGGUGAAAAAUGUCUGCAGCAAAGUGAUUGGUGAAAAAAUGAAAAAGAAGGAACCACAAGGUGAUGAAGCUGCCGAAGUACCGGCUGAAGUGCAACAAGAAUUGACAGAAUUGAAUGCUGAAAAACUGGGCGCUCUAACCGUGAAUCAAAUUAAAAAAGUUCGUGUGCUCAUCGAUCAGGCUAUGGUCGAAAACGAGAGACUUUUGGGAGAAGCCGAACAGAAACGUAAUACAGCCUUGCGUGAGGUGGGUAAUCAUUUGCAUGAAUCUGUACCCGUUUCCAACGAUGAGGAAGAGAACAAGGUGGAGCGUACUUAUGGUGAUUGUACCAAAAAGGGCAAAUACUCUCAUGUUGAUUUGAUUGUAAUGAUUGAUGGCAUGAACGGUGAAAAAGGUACAGUAGUAUCGGGUGGUCGUGGUUAUUUCUUGACAGGUGCUGCUGUAUUCUUGGAGCAAGCUUUGAUUCAACACGCCUUGCAUUUGUUGUAUGCUAAAAAUUAUACUCCUUUGUAUACCCCCUUCUUUAUGCGCAAAGAAGUUAUGCAAGAAGUAGCCCAAUUGUCACAGUUCGAUGAAGAACUCUACAAAGUUGUGGGCAAAGGCAGCGAAAAAGCUGAAGAAGGUGGUGUUGAUGAAAAGUAUUUGAUUGCUACCUCUGAACAACCUAUUGCUGCCUAUCACCGUGAUGAAUGGUUGCCCGAAGCUUCAUUGCCCAUCAAAUAUGCUGGUCUCUCUACAUGUUUCCGUCAGGAAGUUGGUUCUCAUGGCCGUGAUACUCGUGGCAUUUUCCGUGUCCAUCAAUUCGAGAAAAUCGAACAAUUCGUACUCACCUCUCCCCACGAUAACAAGUCAUGGGAAAUGAUGGAUGAAAUGAUUAACAAUGCUGAAACCUUCUGCCAAUCUUUGGAAAUCCCAUAUCGAAUUGUUAACAUCGUUUCAGGAGCUCUUAAUCAUGCUGCUUCCAAGAAAUUGGAUUUGGAGGCAUGGUUUGCCGGCAGUGCCGCCUUCCGUGAAUUGGUUUCAUGUUCCAAUUGUUUGGACUACCAAGCUAGACGUUUGUUAGUGCGUUAUGGUCAAACCAAGAAAAUGAAUGCUGCCGUCGACUACGUCCAUAUGUUGAACGCCACUAUGUGCGCCACUACUCGUGUCAUCUGUGCCAUUUUGGAAACACAUCAAACUGAGACUGGUGUCAAGGUGCCAGAACCUCUUAAGAAAUAUAUGCCUGAAAAAUUCCGUGAUGAAAUUCCUUUCGUUAAACCAGCACCGAUUGACGUAGAAGCAGCUGCUGCCGCCAAUGCUAAAAAGCCUGGCAAGGGUAAAAAGGAUGCUGCUGCUUAAGCUUAACGACUCAGCAUAUGAACACAGUAUAAUUUAGGUUAUAAAUUGAAUGUAAUUGCAUUUUUUUACUUACGCUUAUUAGUGCAGAAGAUUGGUGGUUGGUUGGAAAGACCUAUUUCUUAUUUAGUGUUUUCUUUUUUUUAAUUUACAUAAAUAAUUUUCAAAAUUCUCUGAGCAUUUAAAUAGUGAUUAUUAAUAAAACAAAGAUCCUCAAAAUAAGGAAGACAACAACACAAA